ACCGAACGAAGGCAAGGCAAGAUACACCACAUUUGCGCUGAUAUCCUCAAUUAACAAUAACUGGUCGGAACCAGCUUUAUGUACUUGAAAUUAUUUGAUGUUAAGAAAGCAUGCAUUACAUAGUUACACAGCAAAAAAAUUCGAAAUUUUGAAUUCCUUUAAAUGUUUCUUCCCAUCAUGAAAGUCUUGUUAAGAAUGUCUGUUUUAUGUUAUUAUAAACAACCUGCAUUAAAUAUUUUUCCUUUCUUCUACAAUAAGGAUGUUUAUAUACUUUAAAACAAUGGGAUGGGCCUAUGUGAUUGCAUGUUUAUUGUUAUGUUACCGUUAUUGGUUAUUGUUGAGAUAGAGACCAGGUGAAGUCUUGUGUGUUAUAUCAACGGUAGCUGCUGCUUUUCUUGAUCAUUGUAUCAUGAGGGCGAUACUUUGGUGCAUCUUUCACAUAUCAAUUUACGCAAAUGAAGAAAUUAACACAAAAUGGACAGAGUUUAAAUCAACGGCCAGGGAGUUAAAAUCAAAUGUGACAGAGCUUCAAUUGAAUGCAACAGAACUAAACAACAGGCCGAAGUAUAUAGCAGAACCAGAUUGGGAUAAAUUAGAUUUGCGACCCAUUCCUAUGUGGUAUGAUGAUGCAAAAAUAGGCAUUUUUAUUCAUUGGGGAGUGUAUUCUGUGCCAGGUUUUAAAAGCGAAUGGUUCUGGUAUUUUAUGCGCAUAGGUGACCAGUCGAUAAAGGAAUUUAUGACUACGAAUAAUUACGAGUCUUACUUUGAUUUCGUCCCGAUGUUCACUGCCGAAAAGUUUGAUCCUGAUAAAUGGGCAGAGCUUUUUGCCAAUUCCGGAGCAAAAUACGUUGUCAUCACUUCUAAGCAUCACGACGGCUUCACCUUGUUUCCAUCUGGGCGGUCUAACUGGAAUUCAGUAGAUAUUGGGCCCAAAAUAGAUAUUCUUGACGCUGUUUCUAAGUCAGUAAGGAAAUAUAACCUAAAAUUUGGUGUGUAUUACUCUUUAACAGAAUGGUUCAAUAAAUUGUUGAAGAAUGAUAGAAAGAAACAAUACAAAACCACUGUUUACACAGACAGUAUAGUUUGGCCAGAUAUACAAUACAUAGUGAAUACCUAUAAACCAUCAGUGCUAUGGUCCGAUGGAGACUGGGAUGGAAGUGACGUUUACUGGAAAUCGAGGGAGCUCUUAACUUGGCUCUAUAACGAUAGUCCUGUUAAAGAUGAGAUUGUGGUCAAUGAUAGAUGGGGAAACAACACCAACUGCCAACAUGGAGACUUCUUGAAUUGUGAAGAUAGAUAUAAUCCGGGAUACUUAUUAAAUCACAAAUGGGAGAAUGCUUUUACUUUAGAUAAAGAAUCUUGGGGCUUUAGGGCUGAAAUUGGACCUGAACAAAUUAUGACCUUCGAAGAGUUGCUGGCGAAGGUUGUGUCCACGGUGAGCUGUGGAGGAAACUUACUGAUCAAUGUUGGACCAAGCAAGGAAGGGAUUAUAGCACCAAUAUUUCAAGAGCGACUUUUGCAAUUGGGCGACUGGCUGAAAAUUAAUGGUGAAGCAAUUUAUAAAACGACACCUUGGGAAUCCCAACAAGACACUCUCAAUGCUGAUGCUUGGUAUACCUGUAUAGAUAGAGCACGAAAACAUUACAGAAACCCGAAUCUGGAACCAAAAUCAGAUAUCCACAUAGUUUUCACAAUUUUCUUAAAAUGGCCAGAGGAUGACAAACUGAAACUCACUGGCUUGUCGAGAUUAAUGAUUUCUGGAAAGUAUAGAGUAGAAUUGUUGAAACGCGAUGGUCGUAUUCAAGUUAAAUACCAGAUUUCUGAUGACUUGCCCGACAUAGUGGUGGAAAUCAAACUCCCAGAAUUGGACAAUUCAACAAGUAAAUACGGCUGGGUGUUGAAAAUUGAGAGAUUAGAAUAAGACUGAACAACCACGUUCAACAGCAAGCCACAAUUACAUAAGCCUAUAAUGUUUCACUGCAAUAUCCAUUUUUAAAAAUGGAGGAUCAACUGGGAACACUGUUGUCCAAAGAUUACUUUAAGUAAUUGUUUUUCGUAACUUUUCAUUUCACUGCUUCAAUGGCGUAUUUGCAAUAAAAC